GAGUCGCCAGUAAGUGUCACGCUUUUUGAACAAGUGUUUUAUGCAAUUGAAUAAGCGUUUGUCCCCAUAUCGCUUGUCUUUCUAAUCAUUUCCCUUCUUGCCGCCCAUUCCCUUCUUUCCCGCCACAACACGCGGGGACACACACACACACGCACACACAGAGCAGCAGCAGCAGCUCUCAAUCUCCCUCUUCCUCUCUCUCUUGCGCACACACGCACUGAACACAAACAGAGUAUAGUCUUGAGGAGGGACAAUGGAUAUUCCUGAUUUGGAGGAGCUGGAAUGGCUGGAAUCCCACACUUUGAACGAUCCGUUGGACGAUAACUACGAGCUUGAAAUCGAGCCCCCUUCACCUCCUUCAUCACCCGAAACAGAUAACCCACCCAAGAGACCAACUCUGUCCCUUCCGCCAAAGCCCUCACCUUUUAAACCCAAACCCCAAAUCAAUCCCACUGCCAAGAAACGCCUCCUAUCCGACCUCCCCAAGUCGAUAUUGUUAGAUGUGGAUAACAUUUACGACUUGGACAAGAAUGUCCCGUAUGCAAAAAGGAGCAGAACCGAAGAAGAGGAAGCCCGGAAGGAGAAAUCUGCUCAGUCCAAGUGCCCGGAUGUGGCGCUGAUGGUGGGUGGUGAUAGGAGCGGAGGUGUGGAUGGCCCGGCAGAUUUAUUGAAUGGAAAUGUGGUUUCUGUAGAGAAUACUGAAGGGAGUGAUGAUGAUGAGGAGUGGCUGAGAUACUCCCCUCCACGGCGUAUUGUGGAGGAGAUGGAGACUCAAAGAGAGGAGAGGAUAUUGUCGAGAUAUGCAACGGAGAUAGAGGGGGAUUGUGUUCCAGUUACAGGUUUGGAUGGGGAGAGGGUAUAUGCAAAGAUAUGUAGAGUUGACAUGGAUGAGGACGAGAGAAAAAAGAUAUUGAGUGCAAGAGGAGACUUUAAUGGACUCAUUCAGGAACCUGUUAGAGUUCUCAUGCAAAAAGUUGAGCAUGAGGAGUUCACAAAGGCUUUGCAAGCAAGUGGUGAAGGUCCCACUCAGGUAGUUCCUCUAAAAGCACCAGUGACUGAUCAGCAACUUUGGGUGCACAAAUAUGCUCCAAGUUCUUUCACGGAGCUUCUCAGUGAUGAGCAGACAAACCGUGAGGUUCUCCUAUGGUUGAAACAGUGGGAUUCCUGUGUUUUUGGAUCUGAAAUUACGAGUACCACAGACGAUGUGUUGUCUGCUUUGAGACGACAUUCUUCUGGCUCUCAACAUUCUAAACAAUCUUCGAAGAGUUAUUUUGGGAACAAAAAAGAAACCAGAUUGAGCAGAAACACACUGGGAGCCAGUAAUGAUUUGAAUAAGGAAAAUAGUAGUUCCCAAGGCAUUCAGGAUAUGAGGGCAAACAGGCACAAAAGUUUUGGUCCUCCUGAACAGAAGAUUCUUUUGCUUUGUGGUCCUCCUGGGCUUGGAAAGACAACGCUUGCGCAUGUAGCUGCUCGGCACUGUGGGUACCGUGUUGUUGAGAUUAAUGCAAGUGAUGACCGGUCAUCAGCAACCAUUGAAGCUAAAAUCCUUGAUGUGGUUCAGAUGAAUUCAGUCAUGGCUGAUUCAAAGCCAAAGUGCUUGGUUAUUGAUGAAAUAGAUGGGGCACUUGGAGAGGGGAAGGGUGCUGUGGAGAUCAUUCUUCAAUUGGUAUUGGCUGACCGAAAAAGUGAUACUGGAAAAGAAAAUAUAGAUCAAGAGGCACAUUCUGGUCGGAAGUCUUCCCGUAAGAAGCAAAGAAAUUCACAAUUAUUGAGACCUGUUAUAUGUAUUUGCAAUGAUCUAUAUGCUCCAACAUUAAGGCCAUUGCGUCAGGUGGCCAAGGUCCACAUUUUUGUUCAACCGACUGUGAGUCGUGUCGUAAACAGGUUGAAGUAUAUAUGUAAUAAGGAAGGUGUGAAGACGAGUUCGAUAGCUCUUUCUGCACUAGCAGAGUAUACUGAGUGUGAUAUACGAUCAUGCUUGAACACACUUCAGUUUCUCAACAAGAAGAAGGAAAUUCUCAAUGUGAUGGAGAUAAGUUCUCAAGUGGUUGGUCGAAAGGAUACAUCUAAAAGUGCUUUUGAUAUAUGGAAAGAGAUCUUCCACAAACAAAAGGGGAAACGAGCGAGGAAAGCUAACAAUUCUGUUGGCAGCAUGUCCAAAGACUUUGAGUUUCUCUACUCUAUGAUAUCUAACCGCGGUGACUAUGACUUGAUAUUAGAUGGGAUUCAUGAAAACAUUUUGCAGCUACGUUAUGUUGAUCCUGUGAUGCAAAAGACUGUACAAUGUUUGGAUAAUCUGGUUGUUUCUGAUAUAACUCACCGAUACAUUAUGCGCACGCAACAAAUGUCUCUUCAUGUUUAUCAGCCUCCGAUUGCAAUAAUUAUACAUGGUCUGAUAGCUCAACUCGAAAAGAAAGAUAUUGAAUGGCCAAAGUCUUUCCAGAGACACCGGACAAUGUUGGCAGAGAGGAUGGACAUGUUUCAUACAUGGCACAACAGGAUACCACCAUACAUUUCGAGGCAUUUGUCAACAAAAUCCUUUGUAGAAGACUCAAUUUCUCCGAUGCUGCAUAUUCUAUCACCACCUACCCUAAGACCGGUUGCAUUGCAUUUACUUUCAGACAAUGAGAAGACUGAUAUAGGGCAGUUAGUAAAUAGCAUGGUCUCUUAUGCUAUAACAUACAAAAAUGUCAAAUCUGAUCGAGGUAGUUUGAGACAUGAAGAUGCUUUAGAUGCAACCGCACUUUCGCUUGAUCCGCCCCUUGUUGAAUUUAUACAGUUCAAGGGUUACAUAUCAUGUCAUUUUGAUCUUGCCUUGGCAGUGAAGCAGGUCUUGGUUCAUGAGGUGGAAAAGCAGAAGAUUCUACAGGGUAGCCUCUCCAAAUCUACCCAUCUUCACACAAAAGAAAAUCAUGCCUUGGCAAAGGAUAAUAGUGGAAGUGGACUAUCAUCAAAAUCUAGUUAUACGAACGGAUCUGAUGAAAAGAAAAUGGACAGGAAAAUUUUGACUGCUGACAAGUCUGGACUUUCUGUCUCUUCCAAUACGCCAGUUGCAGAGUCCAGUGGUUAUUCUACCUCUAUCGAUGGAGCAAAAUCAGUUCAAAGGACAAAAAGAACUUCUCGUGGCCUGGCUAAUUUCUUUGAUCGGUUCAGGAAGGUCAGCAAUGAAGAUUCUCGAAUUAACACCAAUGUUGCGCAGAGGCCUGAGACAGCACAGAGAGAUUCACACCCCUUAUUGUUCAAAUUUAACGAGGGAUUCACAAAUGCAGUAAAAAGACCAGUACGCCUGCGUGAAUUCCUUCUGUGAUCUAUAGUGUUGUUAUCAUAUAUUGUAUAGUUGACAUUUCUUUGAAUAGCAUCAAGUGUUGUUUUCUUUGCUCGUUCUGGAAUAAUACAUGAUAGGUUUUGUUUCAUUUUGUUAUUUGAAAUGGACCCACACAUCAUAGAUUGACACUUGAAACAGUUUUAUUAUUCUUAGGCUAAUGGUGCUGUAAUUUUUAGAGGCUCAGAGUGUAAAACAAUAUGAAGUACACAGUACUUGGAACAGGAACUAGUUGUUCAGUGUUGUUCUGAGGACCAAAUCCAUGUAUAUAAGAAGCCUGUACAUCUGACUACUUUAUCCA